AUGGUUGAUUUUAACGUUAAUGGAAAGAUUGCAGUUGUCACUGGUGGUACUCGUGGUUUAGGUUAUUAUUGUGCUGAAGCAUUUGUAUUAAAUGGUGCAUCCACAGUUAUUAUAACUUCAAGAAAGGCAAAAGCAUGUGAAGAAUCAAAGAAAAGUUUAGAAAAGACUGCCAGAGAAAAUGGUAAGAAUUGUAAAAUCAUUUCCAUUCCAGCUGAUCUUGCCGUUGAAGCACAAUGUAAGAAAUUCUAUGAAGAUGUUGCUAAACAAGUAAAUAAAGUUGAUAUCUUAGUUGCCAAUGCUGGUGCUUCUUGGGGUGCUCCAUUGGAAGAUCAUACAAUUGAAGCUAUUAAUAAAAUCAUCAAUUUAAAUUUAGUUGCUGUUUUCCAUACUAUUAAAUUAUUCACUCCAUUAUUAGAAAAAGCAGCUAGUUUAGAAGAUCCUUCUAGAAUUGUCAUUAUGUCUUCUGUCAUCAGUUUCCAAACCAAUGAUCGUGUUGGUACUUAUGGUUAUACAGCUUCAAAAGCAGGUGUUACCCACUUGGGUAAGAACUUGGCAGUACAAUUUGGAGAUAGAAAUAUUACCGUUAAUUCAUUAGCUCCUGGUUUCUUCCCAUCUAAAAUGUCUAAUGGUUUAUUGGAAGUUGUUGGAGAUGCCAUGGUUGCCCAUAAUCCAAGACAUAGAUUGGGUGUUAAGGAAGAUCUUCAAUCUGCUGUUCUUUAUUUAUGUUCUAAACAAGCUAAUUAUAUCAAUGGUAUUGUCUUACCAAUUGAUGGAGGAGCUCAUUUAAAUCCAAUCUCUUCUAAAUUUUAA